CUCAGUUGGGCCAGUGGUAGGGGGAGAGCGCAGUGUCACGGCUGUGCGUAAAGAAGACAAAAAUCCUGUGUUUUUGUACUUUUUGUGAUUUUUACCUCCUGAAACGAUGGAGGAAACGUGUCCACACCUAUGACAAUUUAACGGGAUUAUUUUUGGGCUCAUAAUCGCGCUGUUUUUGCCGCAUUGAUGACAAGAUAACCAACCUGUUUCGGUGUCCCAUGUGGACUGAGUGACAUGCCAUGUUAGCCACGCAGAUGCCAGAGACACUGCCCGAUCCUAAAGAUGUUAAACAGAUUAAAGACAGGUUGGUCCAGUCGCUCAAGGCUCUUCAAAAACGCUAUGUGACAUCGGACGCGGUGGUCACGAGUGAAGAUGGCGAUGCAAACCUCCUCUGCUCUGCCCUGGAGGCUGUCUUUAUCCACGGCAUCAGGAGCAAAUUCAUCCGCUCCGAGAAUGGGAACAGAGGCAGGAAGAAGGAGAAAGCACUCCCUCAACCCGCCUUCUGGAGCCUCCUGAAAACAGUUACACAUCGUGACGUGAUUACUGAACUGGAGAAACUCAACUUUGUGACAACAGAAGUGGGCCGCUGUCGUGCAUGGCUAAGGCUAGCUCUCAACCAUGGCUUGUUAGAAUGCUAUCUGCUGUCACUGUUCAGAGAGGAGUCCAAACUACAGGCCCACUACCAGCCCAACGCCCUGCUAUUAAACCCAGAGGAGAGAGAGGUACUUCUUAGCUACCUCCAAGGGCUUUCCUCCCUUACAUUUGAUCUCUCUUAUAAAUCUGCUGUCCUGAAAGAGUGGACCACAACCCCUUUAGCCUUAGCUGGACUCUGCCCCAUGUCCCAUCUCGACGCACUUCAAGUCAACGGAGACACAACAGUUAAAAGGAACAUUAGUGAAAGUUGGGAUACAACCUCGCAGACAUCCAGUUCUUCAGAUGCGUUGGAUUUGACAAAGGAGGGUUCGGUUUUGCACGCAGGACGGGGGGAAAAUGGCGGAACGGAUCUCACCUCGUCAAAUCUGAGUCUAAACACCAGCGGGUCGUCUCAGCUCUCGUCCAGUCUGAGCUCUGACAGUUUGCUCCAGGGACAGGAGUUUAGGAGUCCAGCCGCCGAACAGUCCUCCACCAGUGACCUAGAUGUGUCUGGCACUGUCAGCUCCAAAACACCAGCAAAAGAUUUGUCUAAAACCCAGGAUUACUUCAGUCAGGACUCGAUGCGUGAGGACUCCUUCGUCUCCAGCCCGGGUCUGGACCAGCUCUCUGAAAACGCUAUUUUGAGCAGCUCUGACAGUGAAACCCAAGAAAUGCCAAUCCAAAGCGAGACCACCCAAGAGGCCACCCUUACCGCACCUUCACCUGCACCUUCACCUGCACCUUCACCUGCACCUUCACCUGCACCUUCACCUGCACCUUCACCUGCACCUUCACCUGCACCUUCACUUGCAUCUGCACCUUCACCUGCACCUCCACCUGCACCUUCUCCUUCACCCCCUGAGCAAACACUCAUUCAAGAAGAGACUCAAGAAGAUAAACCCCCUUCUAUUGACUCUAACCAAAACGCUGAACUCGAUUUGGACCCUGACACACCUGAAGAAGUCAAAUCCAGUGAUGAAGAGGAGAAGUCAGAGCCUGCCUCAAACGAAGAAGACGGUUUAAACAUGAGAAAAGACAGUUCUGAAGACAAAUCUGAACCAGUGAUCAAACCGGAAGCCCGCCGCUCUGACAGCGUCCUCAGCAGACAGCCCUCAGAGUCACUAUCACAUUCUCGUUCGUGGAUCUCAGAUGACGAUAUUUACAAACCGACUCUGGAGGAAGUCCCAGAUCUGAACCAAGACGAGACUUCAGUCCAGAGUCCAAACCCACCAGAAUCCUACGGCCCCCAAUCCACGCCCCCUCCCAGUGUCGUGCAUCGCAGAAAAACUGGAAUUUCCAAUCCUUUCCGUGGGCUGUUGAAGCUCGGACACCUGGAGCGGCGUCAUGCCAUGGGAAUGUGGCGUGACUACUACUGUGAGCUCUCUCCCUUUGAGUUCAGACUUUACCUGAACACCGAGGAGCGUACCUGUGCAGAGAACUGUUCACUGGUGCGCUGUGACGAUGCCCGCCUCUCUUCCUCAGACGGGCGCUUCGAGCUCUCGUUUUCAGGAAAGAGGCUGUACUUGCGCGCGGCGGAUCGUGGAGAGGCCGAGGACUGGCUGGACCGGAUCCAGGAGGCGGUGCAUAAGUGCAGACCAGCACCCCGUGUGGAGGAGCCCUGGGAGGUGCUGCAGUACCCCCCUGCGACCUCAGCGCCCUCCAGUCCAGACCUGGGAGGGUCCUCUUCAGACUCGGGCAUCAGUGAAGAGGCUCCUGCUUCUAAAGUAUUCGACUGGACGCGGCCAUGUGACGUGGAGAGCGACGCCAUCAAAGAGUCUGUGCUGUACUGCUGCACUGACCCUGAGGCGCGCUACUGGGCUCCUCUGGUCUUCUCUCUGUCUUUGGAGGCCCUCAAAGGCUUUAAGCUGCAGGAGAGCAGGAAGCAACUCCGGAUAAACCAUCCCAUUCAGGACAUUAGGGACGUAGUGCCGGACGUGUCGAUGGGAGGAGCAGAGUUUUUCAAACUGCUGACGGUGAGAGAGACCCUCAGGCUGAGAGCGGAGAACUCCAAAGAGGCACGCUCCUGGAGGGACUUGGUGCGUGGAGCUUUGGACUCGUAUCUGGAGAGUGGAGAGGACAUGACCACAGAGGAGCCCAUCGUCACUCCAUCAGGGAUUAAUGGAAACCUCCACAGACUGGUGCAGCACAGGCUCAAGGAGGAUGCCACUCUGUUAUCUCACCUGUGCACUGUGCCUACGGAGAAGGGACUGGACUCUCAGAGUUUCAAAUGUGCAGGAUGUCCGCGUCAGAUUGGUCCGUCGCGCAGUAGAGCUCGGCUGUGUGAGUUCACAGGGCAGUACUACUGUGACUCCUGCCAUGUGGGAGACACCAGCAUCAUCCCCUCUCGUAUGGUGCACAACUGGGACCUGGUGGAGAGAGAGGUGUCAAAGAAGGCGCUGCAUCUGUUGGCAGAGGUGCAGCAUGAACCUCUGUUGAACCUGGAUCAGCUGAACCCAGACCUGGUUUCUCACUCAGAGUCCAUGACCCAAAUCCACAAACUCAGACAAAAACUCCGGCUCUUAGGUGACUACCUGCUCACCUGUCGCAGCAAUGCAUGGAAGAAAUUACAAGCCAGAAUGGGACAGAGGCCUUACCUUUUGGAGUCCAGUCAGCUGUACAGCAUCAUGGAUCUACGACAGAUAGCAGAGGGACAGUACCCUGUAUACUUGAUCACACUGGUGCAACUCGCGUCUAACCAUGUUUUCCAGUGUGACCUUUGCACUCAGAGAGGUUUUAUCUGCCAAACAUGUCACUCUAAUGAAAUCAUCUUCCCUUUCCAGUUUGACAGCACCACUCGGUGUAAAGAUUGCAAAGCCGUGUUCCAUCUUCAGUGUAGAUCAACUGGCGAUCCAUGUCCGAGAUGUUUGCGAUUUAAAAAAUACCAAGAAAGGGACAUGCGAGACUGAGUAGCAUGCAGUACCUCACAUGUUUCACUAGAGGGCAGACUUUUCCAAGAUAAAAAAAAAACUAAACAGAUAGUUAUUACAUUGAACCUCAAGUGCAAUUAUGAAAACAACUUGUCUAAAGUAGGAAUUGAUGGAGAGUUUAAUCCAAAGCCUUGUUAACAGCUGUGAUACCAGCAAAACACAGCCAAUGUUACUGAUACCUCUGCCUUCAGUUUUGCCUCAACAUCAAACGAAGGGCCAGACAUAAAUGAAGGAUGUUGCCAAGAAUUUACCCUUAUUAUUAUUAUUUUUUUUUUACAAAGUUGAAUUUUUUGUGUUUAAUCAGAUUGUUAGCAAAAAGAUGAUACUGUACAUAUACACUAAUGAAGCACAGCAUUAUGACACUGAAUAUUUUGAUUAACUUUUUAUGGCAGAAUGUAAAAAAAUGUUAGAAAAGUAGUUAAAUAUUGUCAGAGAAGUGCUUGAAAUUUGCAAGAGUAAGGAACUGAGACCAAAUUGUGUUGGUUGGACUGGAUCAGAGCACCUUUUGUGGGUUGUGCUCAGUAUUGAAAGGUUAGUGCAAAUAUGUAGUUUGGUCUGAUCGUGUUGCUCUGGUUGCCAUGGUGAUGUGUUAUCAUCUGUAGCUAUAAACAGGCCAAAAAUGUUGUAUUUUUGACUGUUUAUGUUUUGUUUUAUGGUGUAAGCUGAGAUAAGGCUAAGGUGACAAAUUCAUUUUUUAAAACUUACUUCUGCUAACAUGUUAACUAACCCAAAGCAUUUUCCUAACCGUAACAAAAAAAAGUCUGUUGAACAAACAUUUUAUAGUGAAGACGUUUCACCGCUCAUCCAAGUGGCUUCACUCUAAACCAGGGGUGUCCAAACUUCUUUAAUCAAGGGCCACAUUUCAAGAUCCAGAUGAAGAGAAUGGCCAGUCCAGGGCCAUAGACUGAUGGUCAGUACAGUGAAUCAUUUAAAUUUGUGCAUUUCUAACAGGUUAGAAUGAGCCACCAAACCUUUAUUUAUGCUCAGAUCAUUAAUAGGACACAGAAUAUUUAAGAAUGGCUUUAUCAAAUAACUUAAUGUAAUAUGGGCCAAUUCACCUAGAAACCUGAGGUCCAAGAAAAAAUGGUCUGAGGGCCACAGUUUGGACGUGCCUGUUCUAAACCUUUUGUCCAAUUGACAGAAUUCAGUUUUUCUUUUGCCACGUAUCAUAGCUGGAAGACUUAGGGUCAGGAUGUCUGUGUAAUCCCUAACUAUUUAACUGUCUUCCUCAACUUAGCAUCUUGUUCCUAAGCCAACAUUAACAACUUGACUUAAAAUUAACCAUAACCUGUUUUGUAACCUUAAAAAAAUAACCCUAUUCUUAAAUGUGAUCACUUUGACCAGUCACAGCAGACCGUCCCUACCAUCCCUACAUCCGAUCAUUAACUGUUUUGAAAGAGAUACCAGACGAUAGGAACUGCGGUGAACCAAUGAAACGAAACUGUGCAAACUGAGCUCGCUUAAUAAGUUAUCAUGUUUUUUACAAGAAGUUGCCAGAAUUCAGUUUUGAAUAUUUGGCAUGAAGUCAUAAUGUUGUGCCUGAUUGGUGUAUGUCUAAAAUGCAUUAUUAUAGUAUUUAAAUGUAUAUUCACAGGUGUAAUUUGGACAAAAUGAUAAAGGCACUAGGGUUGUCCAGAUUACAGAUUUUGACUGUGCCUUCUUUGUUUAGCUUUACUUUAUUUUUGUUUUUACUUCCAAUGUUGUCAUGGAAGAGUAGCAUUAUCAUAAUUAUGAGUCUGAUUGCUCAUUUACUGUCUGUAAAAAUGGAGAACCCAAUUUAAAAUAACACAAUGAUGGAAAACACUGAUGCUGCUUUUAUUCAACAAUGAUUCAUUUUAUAACACAAACUUAAAAUCAAAACAUUUAAGGACCUUUUUUUUCUUUGCAAGUUUGCACAUAGCGAUGACUGUUAAAAUGUUAUGAAUCUCAACUAAAAUAGAUUUGUAAUACAUUUUAGCACACUUUCUGUACAUAUGCAGUUUUAUCACGUAAAGGUGCACUGUGUAACAUUUCUGGUGGAGGGUUUGCUAUGUGCUAUGUUAUUGUGUUGUCUAGAAUGUUCUACAGUGUUCAUAUUGUCAGAUCAGUGGAGAGUGGUCACUGUUCACAGAAGGAAUUAUUGUAUUUUUGAGCAAUAGAAACGGACGGAUAAAUGCUGGAUGGAUAUGUUUAAAGUCAUUCCAUGGAGCAUUCUAGGCAAAGCAAUAACAUCUCCAUGGAGAAAAGUAGGGAGCUUUUAAUUACUUUUCCUCCAGAAAAGUUGCACAGUGCACCUUUAAUGUCUGAGUAAUGUAGCACUGAUUUUAUUUACAUUUAUGGAAUACAUAACGAACAAGCAGGUUUACUCAUUGGGUGCAUUCAUUCGUCACUUUAAGUUUGUCAUUUGUGACAACUGGUGGCUACUCUGCAAAGCUGUUGACGUGGAUUGAUUUGAUGUAUUUUUUAUGUGUAAAUAUAAAAUAAAUAUUAAUAAUAACUUA